UCGCUGUGUAGUGACACUGGAGGCCCAUGCAAAAGCCUCCUCUUAAAUCUUCAUCAAAAAAAAAACUGCUCUCCUUGCUUUCCUCUCUCUCCACCUACAAACCGUAAUCAUAUCAGCUUCUCUAUGGCAUCAUUGCAGGCCCAUUCUCUCAAAUCUCUAGUUGUCUUCAAAAACUACAUGUACCCAGAAUUGAUCAGGGCAGUGCAUGUGUACAAAUUGGAGGAUGGGGGAGCAAAGGAAGUGGAGAGAGAGUAUUUGUUUCACAGUGAUAGCGAUUAUGAGGAAAUCGAGACAUACAAAGUUCUUACAUUGGAGCAAUUUCGGCCCUCGGCCCAGUUCGAAGGGCGUGUGAAUGGUGUGUGGGUUUGCAUUUAUGUUUUCGAUGCGGAUCGUCAUGGCACUCCGAAUUUGGAUGAUAUUCCAACCAUACUCUCAGUUUACAGUAAUCCUAAGCUGGCGUCUAUUCUGACAUUGGCCAAUGACCUUAAAAUAAUUGUCCAGACGAACCACAGAAUAAAAAAUGGAGUGAAAGUGCAAGUUCUACCCAAGGAAACAAGUUUUGGGAACACUGCUGCAGGGUUUCACGUAAGGAGUCAGUGCGUGUUCCCUCUGGAUCUUAACUCUGCUCCCUAUCCAGAAUUAGAGAAUGAAGGCGGUGAUAAAGCGUCAGGUCUUGCGGAUAACAAGAAAAGGAGAGCCACAACCAAAGAUAUAGCAAGGCUUGCUUUAACAGAUCUUGCCAAAUACUUUGAUCUACCCAUAGUGGAAGCUUCAAAAAACCUUAAUGUUGGACUCACAGUACUAAAAAAAAAGUGCAGAGAAUUAGGUAUUCCUCGUUGGCCACAUAGAAAGAUCAAAUCCCUUGACAGUCUCAUCCGUGAUCUCCAGGCAGAGGUAGAACAGCAACAGCAGGAGGAUGAGGCUGCAGCCCUGGUGGUGGCAAAGCGGCAAAGAAUGUUAGAAAAUGAAAAAGAAAGCAUAGAAAGGAAACCCUUCAUGGAGAUUCAGAUGGAGACUAAGAAAUUCAGGCAAGAUAUAUUCAAGAAAAGGUACAGAGCUAGAGCUUGUGAUAAUGAAAUCCGCACACUGCCCCUACUCUAAGGCUUGGACUAAUAAGCACAGCAAGAGCAAUGACUUGUAUUUUGGAACGGUACCGUAUGACGCAGUUGUUGGGAGCCAAGCAAGUUGAGAACACUUAUAAAGAAGUGAAUCAAUGUCCGGAUCCCCAGCCGCAGAGGGUGUGUUAUUCUGCAUCUUACCUGCGCAUCUCUUCUUCAGGCAUGUUUGUACUUAUUUAACUGCUUGAAGUAGAUGCUACAAGGUCUUUAUACCUAAGAAAGUUGCUGUUGUAACUUUGUGUUCAAACUGUCAAACUGGCGGAUCAACAAAAAAAAAACUGUCAAACUGACGUCUUCUUUAUCUGAAAAGAAGCAUCUUUUGUUGUGCC